AGUUUUAUCGGCACGAGUAAUUCUCGAUAAUGCCAACAAAAAUCAGACACAUUCUUCGUAGUUAUAUUCAGUUCAAUUGUUCAAUGAACAAUUUGAUUACAUGUCCAACAAUCUAAUCUUGUUUUAAGUGCCGAUCAGUUCGCGUGGUUUGCGUACAUUUAAAUUUAGCACUCACUGCUGACUAUCGAGCAAACACACAAUUUCGCAGAAUUUGGAAAAUCGGAGAGGAUGUUGCAGCAAAUAUUUUUAGCGGUUCUGUUUGGUCUGGGGGCAGUUACGGCUGCACCAUUUGCGGAUGAUGAACUUGGAUCUCUGGUAGUGAACGGUACAGACAGCAAUAUUGAAAACUAUCCAUAUAUGGUUUCCGUUAGAAGAAUCACGGGUGCACACAUGUGCGGUGGAACUCUUUUAAAUCCGUACUGGGUUUUGACUGCGGCACAUUGCCUAAUGAACUCACCAGCAAGCUAUUAUAGAAUUCAGCAUAGUUCGACGGUCAUUUCAUCUGAUGCAGUUGUAAAUGUUACAAUAGCGGCUGAAACUAUAAGACAUCCCAACUAUGAUCCAGAGGACUCACAUCUGCACGAUAUCGGAUUGAUUCGAUUAAGUGAGCCAGUCUAUGUUAAUCGAUACGCCAUCAUACCACACCAAUUUGCCGAUGUAGCCCAUGAAACGCCCAGUAGAUUGCUCGGAUGGGGGUUAGAGCAAACUGGUGGUACUGUACAGGAAACACUACAAGAAGUCGACUUAAUUGUGUUUUCUGACGAAGAAUGUAGACAUCGUCAUGAUGACAUGAUUUACCCAUCGUUUAUAUGUGGUGGUGUUCCAGAGGGUGGUCGUGGACAGUGCAGUGGUGACUCUGGCGGUCCGCUUUUGGUGAAUGGAAUCGAAGUCGGAAUAGUGUCAUGGAGUGUCAAACCAUGCACCGUUGCACCGUAUCCUGGUGUUUAUACCCAAGUUUCGUACUAUCGUGAAUGGAUUAGACAAUUCACUUCAGUUUAAUUCAAAAUCGCAUAUUUGGACACCGACGUUACAAUAGUUCCACUUUUUUAGUUCCACUUCUUUAGUUCCACUUUUUUUCUUUUACUAAAAAAAAGUGGAACUAUCUUCCUAUUGCGUGUGUGCAGUGUGACAAUAAUUCCACUUUUCAGAUGUAGUAAGCAAACAUAUUUAGAAAUAUCUUGCUUGUGGAACUAAAAAAAGUGGAACUAUUGUCACACUGCACACACGCAAUAGGAAGAUAGUUCCGAUUUUUUUAGGUAAAGAAAAAAAGUGGAACUAAAAAAGUGGAACUAUUGUAACGUCGGUUAUUUGGAAUAAAGUGAAAAUGCAGAGAGGAGAGAGAAAUAAUGUAACAAAACAGAACGAAUAUAAUUACAGGCGUGUUACUAAGAACCACAA